GCUCCCCUCCCUUCCCUAACUCCCCUCCCUUCCUCUCCUGCUCUUUCUGCCGCCUCUGCUGCAGUGCUACCUUGUAACGCAGCCUGUCAAUGGAGCUCGAAAACAUUGUGGCCAACACGGUUCUGCUAAAAGCCCGAGAAGGAGGUGGAGGAAAGCGCAAGGGAAAAAGCAAAAAGUGGAAAGAUAUAUUGAAAUUUCCACACAUAAGUCAGUGUGAGGACCUGAGAAGAAAUACAGAGAAAGAUUAUCAUAACUUGUGUGAGAAACAGCCGAUUGGGAGGCUUCUCUUCCGCCAAUUCUGCGAAGCUCAGCCAGAGCUGGAAUGCCUCAUUCACUUUUUGGAUGCUGUGGCCGAGUAUGAGGUCACACCUGAUGAAAAACUAGGAGAGAAAGGAAAAGAAAUUCUUGUCAAAUACCUCACCCCAGAGUCCCCAGUUUUUGUCUCUGAAGUUGGUCAAGACAUUGUUCACCAAAUGGAGGAAAAGUUGGUGAUCAGCCCAUUCAAAGAGCUUUUUUGUCACUGUGCAAAAUCUGUCCAUGACUACCUGAGCGGCGAACCCUUUCAGAGCUACCUGAGCAGUAUGUAUUAUGACCGCUUCCUGCAAUGGAGAUGGCUAGAAAGACAGCCUGUAACGAAGAAUACUUUCCGGCAGUACAGGGUUCUUGGCAAAGGGGGUUUCGGGGAGGUGUGCGCGUGUCAGGUCCGAGCCACAGGGAAGAUGUAUGCCUGUAAAAGGCUAGAGAAGAAGAGAAUCAAGAAGCGGAAAGGUGAAUCAAUGGCACUGAAUGAGAAGCAAAUAUUAGAGAAAGUCACCAGCAGAUUUGUGGUAAAUUUGGCGUAUGCAUAUGAGACAAAGGAUGCCCUGUGCCUGGUUCUGACAUUAAUGAACGGUGGUGACCUCAAAUUCCACAUUUAUAACAUGGGAAACCCAGGCUUUCAAGAGGAGAGGGCUUCAUUUUAUGCUGCCGAAAUACUGUGUGGGCUGGGAGACCUGCACCGGGAGAACAUUGUGUACAGAGAUCUGAAACCAGAAAACAUUUUGUUAGACGAUUAUGGUCAUAUAAGAAUAUCAGAUUUGGGUCUAGCUGUAAAAAUCCCAGAGGGAGAGACAAUUCGGGGCCGGGUUGGGACAGUUGGGUACAUGGCCCCCGAGGUUCUGAAUAACCUACGUUAUUCCUUCAGCCCGGAUUACUGGGGACUGGGCUGCCUGAUUUAUGAGAUGAUUGCAGGGCAGUCUCCAUUUCGGGGCAGGAAGGAGAAAGUUAAGCGAGAGGAAGUGGACAGACGAGUUCUGGAGACAGAGGAAGUCUAUACUACAAAGUUUUCUGAAGAGGCUAAAUCUGUGUGUAACAUGCUACUCACCAAAGAUGUGAAGCAAAGACUGGGGUGCCAGGAUGGGAGGACGGCGGACGUAAAGCGACACCCCUUCUUCAGAGCUAUAAACUUCAAGCGAUUAGAAGCAGGAAUUAUGGAUCCCCCUUUCAUCCCUGAUCCUCGUGCGGUGUACUGUAAAGAUGUCUUGGACAUAGAACAGUUCUCCACAGUUAAAGGUGUCAACUUGGACCAAACAGAUGAUGAUUUCUACACAAAGUUUUCCACUGGCUCUGUAUCCAUCCCCUGGCAAAAUGAGAUGGUAGAGACAGAAUGCUUUAAGGAGCUCAACCUUUUCGGGCCAAAUGGUACGCUCUCUCCUGAUCUGAACAGGAGUCAUCCGCCAGAACCACCAAAAAAAAGUUUGCUUCAUCGUAUCUUUAAACGUCAGCACCAAAAUAAUUCCAACCUCUCGCUGGGGAACAAGUCCUCUUUAAACCAUCACAUGAACGCUAACCACGUCAGUUCCAACUCUACUGGGAGCAGCUAGUGAUACUCAAUCACCAGUGAGAGAAACAUCAUGUGGUCUGAUGACCCUCCUCCGCUACUGAUAGCGAGAGAGAGGGAGAGAGAAAAGGGGAAAAUAAAGGAGGAGAGCCAGGAAUCUCACUGCCGGCUUUCACAAGGAGAAGUCUGUGUAUUUGUGUUAGAUGGGACUGAUCAAGGGGAGAGUUUAUUUUCUCUCUCUUACAGUAAUGCCUCACAAAGGAUGGAGUAAAACGUUUGCUCAGGUCUGUGCUCGGGUGAGGGGAGCACGCGUCCCCCUUUUGCGACUGGUGUGGAAUACAAAAAAAUAAAUAAACAUAUCUCCCAUCUCCUUACAACUUUGCAAUAGGAACAUUGCUGCCUGCAUGAAACAAGAUUAACAAAGCACCAUACAUAAGGAGAACAGUCCACCCUUGGUCCUAACAUUGCCAUUGCUGCACCCCACCCCAUUUCCUCCCCAGUCCAGAAGGAUUUGCAGAGCAUCUCGCCCUUCCGGCCUCACACUUGUACGUUUUCUUUUUGUUUGUUUUUUAACAAAUGACAAAAAAAAAAAGAAAAAUAUUUUUUUGUAAAUGAUUUGUCUGUGUUUACAUUUUUUCCCCAAAAUUUGUAUUUUGGGUUCAAUACCCUGCAGAAGAGCGCUUAGAACAGUGAAAGUGAGAAAGGUGUUCAGAGUACGCUGAAGAUAUACUGUGGACCUUUGCUUUAAAACUUUGCUUGCCAGAAAUGUGUUUCAGGCUCACCCUGGUGGUAAAAGGGAUUAAUAUUGUAACAUUGGUACUUGCUCCAGUACUCAAAUAGAUUGGUAUUCACUGUGUCUCGGGGGACCAGAGGGGUUAAAGAUCUUAUGAAACUAUUGGUUAGGGGCAAAAGAGGAAUAUUUGCAGAGUUCGUGUUUCCUGGCUAUGGCACUUAGAUCUAGUGUUUUUAAAGCAUUUAUUCCACUUUGUAAACACCCCUACAUUGUCUUUUUUGCACUUAAAAUAAUUUGUCAAGGAACCAGUGAGCCUUUUAAAGAUGUUUAAUUGCUAUAUUGUACAUUGAGAUGAUCUAAAUUGCACAGCAGGGACUAUGCUAUAGCACCAUAUAGUGAUUAUUUGCCCUUAAAAGCUGACAAUCUGUUGCUAUGAUGGGACACAGGCAAUUGAUUAGUGCUCUGUCAAACAUUCCAAAGCUUGGAGGCAUCAACUACUUGAAUUUCGUAACCAAAAUCUCUUUAUGAAAUGUUGAUGGAACUAUCCAAUGAAAUACAGAUUUAAUUCAAGCUGUCCAAAAUGUGUCUGUUGUCCCUUUAUCGGUCUUACAACGUGAAAAACUUACAUCUGUAAUAUGUAUUCUGUUUGAAAAAUUGCACAUUUCUCUCUAUACAAUGUUUUGAUUCAUUCUGUAACUGAUGUUUUGCUAAUGUAGGAAUCUAUUUGCAACCACUCUCUGAUCUAUCUAUUGUGCCAAACUGUUGAAUUACUCUUGUACAAUCACUCUGCUGCUCAUGCGCUUGAUGCAACAGCUAAAACAUUUGAGUGUUUUAAAGAUUACUGAGGUAGCACCUAAUCUAUAUUUUUAUGAUUUUACAGAAUAUUAAGUCUGGUUAGAUUUGCAGAAUGCAAAAAUGCUUAAACAUUAUUAAAUGGAAGCCAUCCAUCACUGCCAGUUCAUAAGGGCUUACAUGUAUGAUUGCCAUGAUAACAAUUUGCCUUUUUUUUGUUACCAAAUGUAUUUUUAUACAUAAUUAUAUAUACAGUGUUUAAUGUACACCAUAUUGCAAAGCUUUAAAAUUACCAGAAAUCUUUGUACCUUCCACAAAGAAAACAGAAUGAGGCCAUGCAGGGGUUUAUCCUGAGCUCUGUGUUGCCAAUGUAAUGCAUACUGCAAGGGCACUUUUUUCACAACUGUAAAGAUCCAAACAUUCAAUUGAAUAACAUCAUACAUUCAUUAAAUGUGAAUGUAUAAUUGCACUACAUGCCAAGCCAUGUUAUUAGAAAGUCAUAGGGAUAAUUUAAGUAGGAAACAAGUGAGUUCUUGUUCAAUCCUGUAUAUAUAAAAUCACAGACUCCUGAAAAUGAUUAUUCGAUCAAGGCCACCUGAGUACAAUCUACUCUAAAGUAGGAAAACCUAUGCAUCAGGGGUUUAAAGUCAAAUGGAAAAUUGAUCCUCAAUGCAGGGAUUUAUUCACUUCAAUUUUUAUCUGACAAUAAGGCUUUAUUUACUAGUUCCUGGCCACUAAGCCACACCUGUACCCUAGAAUUAAGGGUUAAUCUCAUAGGUUACCAAAACGUUUUUUUUUUUUUUUUUACAGGUUAGUGGAUGAUGAUUCUACUUGUUUUAAUAAUUGGCCCUUUAUCAAUUUGCUGUAAAAUCACUUUAUCCUUUAAGAGAAAACAUUUGCCCUAUACAUUUGGAGUAGUUAUUUUUCCAGCAGUGGGUGAUGGUUUUACAGCCUAUUGAAUUAGGGCCAUUACGGGGCUCACUGGUUUCUCGCCAUGUUUUAAAAUGUAGUAAACUCUUCCAAAUGCCACCCACAUGCUAAAGUUAUAGGGGUGUAAUUUUGUUUUGUGCGUUUUCUGUUCGUCUUUCUUUUCUUGUUUUUAUUAAAUGUUACCAGAAAACUA